CAGAGCUCAAGCAGCGUCCAGGGACAGAAGAGCCGCCUCUUAAACUCCUCUCUUCCACCUCGCUGCCUGAGAAGGGCCCCUGGGGCAGGGGGCAGGGGGCAGGGCCUGCGCUGCUAUCUGGCUAUCUGUCCGGGUGGAGCUUGUCGCAACACUGUUUACCCACCUUUGCCGCCCGAAGCCCCUCGGUAUGCAGUAGAUACAGAGUCAGCCCUGUGCUCGGAGGCCGCUGUGCUUUCCGCUCCGGACCGUCGCCCCACCUCGCCUCUACACGCUGCUGCCCCGUGCUCUAUUCCUGGAGGGAGCCUCAGUCUGCCAAGGCCACCGACCCACCACUGGAGCCAUGGUCCAUGGGUACAAAGGAGUCAAGUUCCAAAACUGGGCGAGGACCUACGGCUGUUGCCCAGAAAUGUACUACCAGCCCACAUCCGUGGAGGAGGUCAGAGAGGUGCUGGCCCUGGCCAGGCAGCAGAACAAGCGGGUGAAGGUGGUGGGAGGUGGCCACUCACCCUCGGACAUCGCGUGCACCGAUGGCUUCAUGAUCCACAUGGGCAAGAUGAACCGGGUUCUGCAGGUGGACACAGAGAAGAAGCAGGUGACUGUGGAGGCCGGCAUUCUCCUGUCUGACCUGCACCCACAGCUGGGCAAGCAUGGCCUGGCCUUGUCCAACCUGGGAGCUGUGUCAGACGUGACUGCAGGGGGCGUCAUUGGGUCCGGAACGCACAACACAGGGAUCAAACAUGGCAUCCUACCCACCCUGGUGGUGGCGCUGACCCUGCUGACGGCUGAUGGGACCAUUCUUGAAUGCUCCGAGUCCAGCAACGCGGAGGUGUUCCAGGCCGCGCGGGUGCACCUGGGCUGCCUGGGAGUCGUCCUCACCAUCACCCUGCAGUGUGUGCCUCAGUUCCACUUGCAGGAGAUCUCCUUCCCCUCAACCCUGGACGAGGUUCUCGACAACCUGGACAGCCACCUGAAGAAAUCCGAAUACUUCCGCUUCCUCUGGUUCCCGCACAGCGAGAACGUCAGCGUCAUCUACCAGGACCACACCAACAAGCCCCCCUCCUCUUCAGCCAACUGGUUUUGGGACUAUGCCAUUGGAUUCUAUUUACUGGAGUUCCUGCUCUGGAUCAGUUCCUUCCUGCCAGGCCUCGUGGGCUGGAUCAAUCGCUUCUUCUUCUGGCUCCUGUUCACGAGGAAGAGGGAAAGCAGCAACCUCAGCCACGAGAUCUUCACCUAUGAGUGCCGCUUCAAGCAGCACGUCCAGGACUGGGCCAUCCCCAGAGAGAAGACCAAGGAGGCGCUGCUGGAACUGAAGGCAGUGCUGGAGACCCACCCCAAGAUGGUGGCCCACUUUCCCGUGGAGGUGCGCUUCACCCGGGGGGAUGAUAUCCUGCUGAGCCCCUGCUUCCAGAGGGACAGCUGCUACAUGAACAUCAUCAUGUACAGGCCCUAUGGCAAGGACGUACCACGGCUGGACUACUGGCUGGCCUACGAGACCAUCAUGAAGAAGGUCGGGGGCAGGCCCCACUGGGCCAAGGCCCACAACUGUACCCGGAAGGACUUUGAGAAAAUGUAUCCAGCCUUUUCAAAGUUCUGUGCCAUCCGAGAAAAGCUGGACCCUACUGGGAUGUUCCUGAAUGCGUAUCUGGAGAAGGUGUUCUACUGAAGCAGAAACAGAAUAAAUCGAGCGAACCCCAUCCCGUCCCUCAGGUCCACCUCCAGGAGGUUGAAGGUUCAAUGUCCCCACUGGCCCGAUGGGGAGCAGACCUCUUUCCGCGGGCCCUCUGCCACGGCACCCACAGCUGCUCCCACCCACAGCCGUGAGCCUGGAUCUAGGCAGCGCUCCCCACUCUCUUCCUUCCUUUAUCCCUGCAACAACCCCAUGCAAGGAAGAGCACCCAAAUCUCUACAUCUCCUUGCGGCAGCCCCCUUCCCCGAACCUACAGUCACCACAUUCUUUCCCAGGAAAUAGAGAAACCCUGAAAUGUUAUGUUUCUUGAAGAGGGCAGGCCUUCGGUCAUUCACAGCUUCCACCUGCCGGCUAGUUGUCUGUGACUCCAGGGCCCCCGUUAACGUGUGUCUGGGCACAGCAGUCUUGUGUACUGUGUCCUGCCUCCUGUCACCCUUGAGGGUUUUUCAGAUGCCCAGGUGUGUGCCCACCUGCCCUGGGACUGCCCUCUCCCAGUUUCUCCCCGUCCCCGUGACCUCCUAUCACCUGACCUUCAAGCAUGGCUGCUUCAGGGGAUGUCUGGGGAGUGGGACUCUCUUUGCCUUCUUUUAAAUAAAGACCAAGAAUUGAUUCAC